CGUUCAACUCAUGCAGGUGAAAAGCGGUUCAAAUGCGAAACAUGCCCGAAGAGGUUCACUGCGCCAUCGGAUUUACGUAGGCAUAUGAGUACUCAUACCGAUGAGAAGCCGUUUUCUUGUCCGGAAUGCACGAGGAAUUUCACCGAGAAAGGGAGUUUGCUUAAGCAUAUGAUGAUUCAUACCGGUGAGAAACCGUACAAUUGUUCAAAGUGUGGGAUGAAUUUCACCCAGAAAGGGAAUUUGCAUAAACAUAUGAGGGCUCAUACCGGUGAGAAGUCGUUUUCUUGUCCGGAAUGCACGAGGAAUUUCACCGAUAAAGCGAAUUUGAAUAAACAUAUGAGGAUUCAUACCGGUGAGAAACCGUACAAUUGUUCGAAUUGUGGGAUGAAUUUCACCCAGAAAGGGAGUUUGCAUAAACAUAUGAGGAGGAUUCAUAGCGGUGAGAUACCGCACAGUUGUUCGGAAUGUGGGAUGAAUUUCGCCGAUUCAUCGAGUCAGCUUAGGCAUUCGAGGACUCACACUAAUGAAAAACCGCACGCUUGUUCUGUGUGCAAUAAAGCAUUCUCGCUAUUACAUAACAUGAAACGUCACAUGAAGAUUCAUGACAAUGAUAGGCGCUGA